AUGGCUAUGGCUUCAAAAAAGGAACGAUUGGUCGAUGGCUUACUGAAUUUUUUUGCAAAGACUGGUGUGACGUCCCAACGAGUAUCGCAUACCAACAUUUGCAAAUUCAUUGCAACAAGAACCAUGGAAGAUGCUACGCCCAAGGAGAAUGAGGAAGUGGCAAAAAAGAUGGGACACAGUGUGACCACGCGGCGGCGAUGCUAUGUCCGUAGACCGUGCACAAACCUGGUGGCAAAUGCCAUGGAUAUUGUCGAGCGUGUAACCAACCCAGAAUACAGCAAACAGAAAGAGAAGGAGACAGAAGACGAAGGGGACAGUGUGGAUAAAUACGAAGGUGAGGGACAGAUUACCCAGUCUUUUAAUCUUAGUUAAACUGCUGUAAAACAGCAUAUCCUCAAAUCCAAAAACGCUUUUUUUGUUUGUCUAUUCCAGAACAAUCUGGACCAAGUCCCUCAGGACAAUCAGGACCAAGUGCUUCGGAGCAUGAUGAUGGUAAGGACACUGGUGAGCGCGUAAUUCACUUAGCCCCAAUGGUUCUCUCACUUCUGUAAUGACAAUACUCUACAUAGAAAACGCUUUUUUGUUUGUCUAUUCUAGAACAAUCUGGACCAAGUACCUCAGGACAAUCAGGACCAAGUACUUCGGAGAAUGAUGGUGGUAAGCACAUUGGUGACUGAGUAUGAUACAUUUACCCUCAAUGGUUCUCUCAUUAGCGUAAUGAAACUACUCUACAUAGAAAGCACCUUUGUUGUUUGUAUCUUCCAGAACGAUCUGACCAAAGAAGUCUUACAGACAAGCAGACGAAGGCAACCGCCAAAGUUUUUGCAGCCGACCUUGAUGGUCCAAACCUGCCAUUCAACUUUGUAAGAAAGAAAAUGUGCACGAACCUCACGUUGUGCGCACUUGCAACGUACAAGACCAAAGUCAAAAAGGUUGUAGAUCACCUUCACUAUUUGCAGAAGAAGAGACGGGAUGAGAAAACAACAACAGCACCCAAGGAAGCACAACCGGAGUCACAGUUUGACUUUGAAGAUGACAGCACAAAGUCAACCAGUGAGGGACGCCGCUUCUGGGAUGAACAAGAUUCUCUUCUC